CUGUGCAGUCAGCUGCGAAUUGGAUAUGAUGCAGCGGGGGUGCGAGCAGCUGAGGCCUCGAUGGUGGCGUUGGAGAGGUCGGUGUGAGUGAAGAGAGCAGGGCGAGGGGCUCGAGGAUGACGUUCCUUCCCUCCCUCAUGGACUACUCGCAUGUCGACAAGACUCUCGGGCAGGCUAAGAUCCCCGAGGACCUCCUGUGGAGGAUCAGGUCAGUCGACACCUUCACCUCCUAUGACUUCCAGCUGGACGGAGUGAAGGCCGUCAUGGAGGAUGGUUCUCACGCUGAGAACCCGGAGCCAGAGCAGCCCACGUUCGAGUGGAGGAGGUUUGCGACCCCCUCGGUGGGGCUCAGGUGGAAGAAGGUUCCCCUGCUGGAUCCCUCGGAAGCUUACUACCACGAGCUCGACCCUGACACCGUGAACAUGCAGAAGCGGCUGACGAUGAGAGCGUUCAAGGCGUACGGGGGGAGCGAGUUUCUGCAGGAAGAAGAGUUUCUGGUGUCAGACUCGAAGAAGCAGUCGAUUCAGACGACUGCAGCUGAGAGGACGAGAGUGCCCAGGGAGUUCUCAGAGAAGGUGGAGGCGGUGAAGGAGAUCCAGGCCUUGGUCAGGAGGUUCUUCUUGCUGCAGCUCUACCCCUGGUACUACAUGGCUCGCCUCUCCCUCUAUGCUCCCGUCGCGUCGACGCACAAGCGCAUGAGCAGGUUGGAGCGGCAGUCGCACAUGAUCGCAAGUCAGAGCAUCUCGUCCAACAUCUCCAUCCUGCCAUGGUGUAUGUGCUGGAAGACCCUCGAGCCACAGUUCCACCUCGACAAGUCGAGCACGAGGCAGAUGCGGAGGAUCCUUCAAGACUUUUCAGCGGGCCACUACGAAGACUGUCUUCGAAGGGUCGACAACCUGAUCCUGCGGCAACGGAGCGGCGCGCAGGACGAGAAGUGCCUAAUCGAGCUGUCGGCUCUCUGCAACCGGUUCGGCAUGUCUCUGUUCACGAGGGACGAGUUCGAGCGCGCACACGCGUUCUUCUCCAGGGUCCUGGACAUGACCAACAUCAAGAACAACUCCAUAAAGUUCUCAGCCAAGUCAGAGAUCUACGCUUGGACCUGCGACCUCGUCGCGUAUUGCCUGUGGUGCCAGGAGAAGCACGAGCAAGCGCUCUGGACGGUCUCGAGGGUCUCUCAGCAGGACAUCCCCUUCAACGUCCGGGUGGUCAACCAGCUGCACGUGACCCAGCUCGCGCUCAAAGUCAACAAGACAGACAUCGCCAUCAAGUUGGGCUCCCGCGUCCUCAUCGACCUCAUGAAGUCAAAGUUCGACCACAAGGUCCUCGCGCGUAGGAGCGGCAGCCCGAGGAGCAGGGAGGCAAAGGCUCGCCAGGAGAUCUUGCAGAUAGUGGACCGGAAGGACGAAGCACAGGAGCCGAGCUCGCCCUCCUACGAUGACCUGCUGGCCCAUCAAUCGCAGACGCUCUGCUUCGCGCUCGUCAAGGCUGGGAGGCCGCAAGACGCCAUCAUCAUCUCCAACGCGCUGAGGAGGAAGAUGGAGGAAGGUGGGGAUGUCAGCCCUGACAUCGUCCGAUGCAACCAAGAGUUUGUCAGCUGGGCGGAGGAGUAUGAGGAAAGGAAGCAGGCGGCGGAGAGGAGCCAUGCUGCCGCUCUCUCUCCUGGCUCUCGCUCCCGCUGGAGCUUGCGCGAUCAACCUUGUUUCGAGCAGACCUCCAGCCGUUCGCCGUCGGGGACGAGCGAAAGAAGUUACAGCCAAGCGAUCCUAAGGUCCACGCAGAAGCUCGGGAGGAGGGGGUUGUCACAUGAGGAGUGCGGGCAACUGAUGAAGCCGGACGACUACUUCAUAGCAGCAGGAGCAGCUCAGUUCGAGCCGGGGAAGGAGAUGUCAUGGGCAGGGAACUUCUUCGGAGACACUUACUGGCAGAGACAUUCCUCCCUCCGUCCCUCUAAGGAGUAUGAACGGAACAACUCCAACCUCCUCCUCACAAGGCCUCCCUUCAAGUAAAAACGUUUCCCAGC